AUGCCUCCAACUACAAUGCGUGCGGUCGUCCUCAAGGGUGAUUUCGAGGUUGCCGUCGAAGAUCGUCCAUACCCAAAACUUCAGAAACCGACCGACGCCGUUCUCAAAGUCACGUCUACGGCUCUAUGUGGCUCCGACCUCCACUUCUACCGCGGCCACCUCAAAUGCCCGCCGAACUUCAUCUGUGGGCACGAGUUCGUCGGCACCGUCGUGGAAAAGGGCGACCAGGUCACCAACUUUGCGGUGGGUGACCACGUCGUCGUCCCCUUUUACACGGCGUGCCAGGAGUGUUAUUAUUGCGUCCGGGGCCAGGCGAGUCGGUGUUCCAAGGGUGAAUUGUUCGGCAACAGCGUCCCGGCCAACGCCAUCGACGGUGGUCAGGCAGAGUACGUCCGGGUACCACUGGCCGACAGUACUCUGUUCAAGACCCCGAAAGGAAUCCCCGAAGAGAUGCUGGUGUUGAUGGCCGACAUUUUCCCCACCGGGUACUUUGCGGCGUCUCGCUUCCUCAAGAAUUUGUCUCAACGAGACCGGGACGAAUUCACCACCGUGGUGAUCGGUUGUGGUCCCGUGGGCAUCUGCGCCAUCACGUGCGCCCUCACCAUGGUCAAGACCGUCUACGCCAUCGAUUCGGUUCCCGAGAGGCUCGAAGAAGCACGCAAGAUCGGAGCCAUCCCGAUCAACCUCAACGACAAUCCGGUGGACAAGAUCAAAGCCGCCAGUGGAGGUCGAGGGGCCGACGUGGUCCUCGAGAUCGUGGGUCACACCGACGCCUUCAUGUUGGCCUUCGACUUGAUCCGACCUUGGGGCCAGAUCAGUUCCGUCGGGGUCCACACCGAACAACUGCCCCUGAACGGUUUGCUGUGUUACGGCAAGAACGUCACCAUGUCCUUCGGGAGGUGUCCGGUCCGCAGCAUCUUCGAGGAAGCCUUGGAGGUUUUGGUCAAGGAACAGAAAAAGGUGGCCUUUUUGUGCGGCAAGACCAUGUCACUGGAGGACGCCCCCCAGGCUUACAAGGACUUCGAGGCGAGAAAGGUCCACAAGAUCGUCUUCAAAAUGUCCGGGGACAAGGCCGGGGAGAGUAUAGCCGACAAGGUAUAAGGUUUUGGUGGUUUGGUCUUUUUUUUUG